GUGCCUGCCGAGAGACCGAAGCGCUCGGUUCCCCCGGGGGGCCGCAGCCGGGGCGUGUGGGGGCGCAGGCCCGGGGGAUGCUGGGCUCUGUGAAGAUGGAGGCCCAUGACCUGGCCGAGUGGAGCUACUACCCGGAGGCGGGCGAGGUGUACUCUCCAGUGACCCCCGUGCCCACCAUGGCCCCUCUCAACUCGUACAUGACCUUGAACCCGCUCAGCUCUCCCUACCCUCCGGGAGGGCUUCAGGCCUCCCCUCUGCCUACCGCAGGACCCCUGGCGCCCCCAGCCCCCGCGGCACCCCUGGGGCCCACCUUCCCAGGCCUGGGCGCAGGUGUUAACAGUGGAAGCAACAAUUCCGGGUAUGGAGCCCCAGGUCCCGGGCUGGUCCACGGGAAGGAGAUGGCGAAGGGGUACCGGCGGCCACUGGCCCACGCCAAACCACCAUAUUCCUACAUCUCUCUCAUCACCAUGGCCAUUCAGCAGGCGCCAGGCAAGAUGCUGACCCUGAGCGAGAUCUACCAAUGGAUCAUGGACCUCUUCCCAUACUACCGCGAGAACCAGCAACGCUGGCAGAACUCCAUCCGCCACUCACUGUCCUUCAAUGACUGCUUUGUCAAGGUGGCGCGCUCCCCAGACAAGCCAGGCAAAGGCUCCUACUGGGCCUUACAUCCCGGCUCCGGGAACAUGUUCGAGAACGGCUGCUACCUCCGCCGUCAGAAACGCUUCAAGCUGGAGGAGAAGGCGAAGAAAGGAAAUGGCGCCGCAUCCGCCGCCAGGAAUGGCGCAGUGGGCUCAGCCAGCUCUGCCACCACCACCACCACGACAGCGGCCGCGGUGGGCACCUCCCGGGCUCAGCCCCAGCCUGCGGUGCCUCCCGAGCCCGAGGCCCAGAGUGGGGAAGACGUGGGGGCUCUGGACUGCGCCUCUUCUCCUGCUACACCCUACUUCACUGGCCUGGAGCUCCCAGGAGAGCUGAAGUUGGACGCACCCUACAACUUCAACCACCCUUUCUCCAUCGACAACCUGAUGUCAGAACAGACACCAGCGCCUUCCAAACUGGAUGUGGGGUUUGGGGGCUACGGGGCUGAGGGCGGGGAGCCAGGGGUCUACUACCAGAACCUCUAUUCCCGCUCUCUGCUUAACGCAUCCUAG